AUGUCGAUCAAAUCUCAUCAGGCCCCAUUCCUGCGCCACCGUCUGGGAGGCUGGCUCCCGGCAGAGCACGAGCAUCUGAUCAAAUGGACAAGACAGCUUGUGCAGAAGGUCGAGGAGAACCCGCAGCCUCUCAAUUGCACGCUGCAACAGUUCAAGGAUUUCAUCGAGGGCGACCCAACAGUGCGGCAGCUUUUCACCCUCAUGUUUGAACAGGUCCCAGCUACCCCGCCGUACAAUGAAGACCCAACAGGCCAGCCUGAAAUUCGCAGCUAUGACAAAAUGCUGGAGGUCCUGAACUACCUGAUGACCAUGGGGCCGCAUUGGAUAUACAACACGGCCGGCCAGAAAGGUCUGAUUGGAUUUCCAAUCAACGCCGUCUUGGACUGGCCAAUGGGAACUGCGGCCGGAUACGCCGCUUUCCUUCGCCAGGAUGUCAACGCGCAGUUCCGGAAUGUACUGGAGGCCUGGGGCCAUUACCUUGCCUCGCCGGAUUCGGUGUCAGUGCUCAGCAGUGACCCAGAUGGCUGGUUCAGCCCUAAAGCUCUAGAUGUCAUGGCCCAGGUCGCCAGUGAGGCCGACCCCAAGAACCCUGUCACAUUCGACCAGGCUUUCGUGUGUGAUCCGACUAAGCCUGCCCAUGGCUACCAAUCUUGGGACGACUUCUUCACAAGAAGAUUCAAUCCGGGGAUCCGGCGGAUCUGCCUCCCAGAGGUUGCGACCGUCAUUGCCAAUGCAUGUGAAUCAACCCCAUACCGCAUUUCCCACAACGUCAAGGCCUUGGACAAGUUCUGGAUCAAGGAGCAACCAUACAGCCUCAAAGACAUGCUGGGCGGAGACCCGCUCAGCGAUCAAUUCGUCAAUGGCACAAUAUACCAAGCCUUCUUGUCCGCCUUGAGUUACCAUCGCUGGCACGCGCCGGUCUCAGGCACAGUCGAGAAGAUUGUACAUCUGCCAGGCACAUACUAUGCGGAGAACUAUUGGGAAGGGUUCGCCAAUCCCAAUAUCAAGGUUGGCCCCGACCCAGCUGCACCAAACAACUCACAAGGAUAUAUCUGUGAAGUUGCCACGCGGGUUGUGGUCUUCAUUCGUGCAGAUGAACCGGCUAUUGGGCUCAUGGCGUUCCUGGCCGUUGGAAUGGCCGAAGUCAGUAGCUGCGAGGUCUUCGUCAAGGAGGGCCAGUCCAUCAAGAAAGGAAGUGAAAUCGGAACGUUUCAUUUCGGGGGCAGCACCCAUUGUCUCAUCUUUGGUCCGCAGACGAGAAUCGCGUUUGUGCCCCAGGAACCGUUCGAAGACACCAAUGUACCUGUCAACUCUGCAAUUGCGGUGGUGAGCAAGCCAGGCGAGCAAGAGAUUGAUCGGAUCAGAAUGCUUCAAAGCCUGUGA